GGAGGAGGACGCAGGCACACGGCAGGGGAACCAGAGAAACAGACACAAUGAAGCUGCAGACUGCCCUUCUCUUGGUUUGUCUAUUUAGGACAAGCUUCGCUCUUCCAUUGCAGAUUGGAAUCAUUGCAAGCAACAGCAAUGAGAUAUUCAGACUGAAUGGACUAACUCUUGCGACUCUUGGACAAACCCAGGCGUCAUCGAUACUUCCCCAGUAUGUGUUGCAGCAGCAGCAGCCGGAGGUGCUGCUCACUCCACAGAUGGUGAACAUGAACCCUCAAGCGAACAAUCCCUUCGGCCCCCAGGGGCCCCAGCUGUUUUUCUCUUCCCAGGGCAACCAUCUAGUGCCUAUGGUCGUACCAAAUGGCCAGGCAGAGCAGCUCGGACCACCGCAGGACCCCAACUCUCCCAACGUUCCUCAGCAGGCCCAAAACCCUUUCCAGGGGUUCCCACAUUUCCAGUACCCGUCUUACGGAUUUCCCCAGUUCCCCAGACAACAGGGCUUUCCAUACUUUUAUCCUCCUUAUGGCUAUCCGCAGCAGAGAAACAAUGUGGUGCUGCAGCCCAACAACGGUCAGCAGCAGCUGGAGAGAAGCACACAGAGACCACAGAUCCCUCUGCAGCAGGCUUCUCAACCUAAGGUGCAGACUGAACAAAAAGAGGCCACCACGGUUCCUCCUGAUCCUCGUGGCGACGCAUCUGGCCCUAGUGUCGAUGAGGGUCAGUCCAACUUUCCAUUCCUCUUCGAGCCUUAG